GAGUUAUUUAUCUCUGGUUGCAACAUAUGUUGGUAGUAUUGAUUUUACAAUUACAAAGUUAAUUAGCCAUAUAUUUUGGCCCGAAUAUUCAGAGAAAUAUGUUAUUAUGGGCACAUAUUUACAGAACUAUAAAUAUGUGGUUCAUAUAUUUUCUAAAUAUGUAAUCUUGGCACAUAUUUCUCUAAAUUUGUGGAUGUUGGCUGUACUAGGGCUUGAAUUUCUGUCUAUUGGCAACAUUGAACGGUGAAGUUGGUAGCACGAAUUUUUUAAAUAUGUUGCCAACACAAGAGCUGUUUUUAAAUUGUCAACGGUUUUUAUGCUUUUAUAGUGUUAUUUUGACUGUGAUAGUGUAUCUUUGCUAAAGGUAUUUAUAUAAAAACAGUAUUUUAGUUAUUAAUCAUUAAUAUGGCUACAUCAAAUGGAAAAAAGCCUUCACAGAAUAUAUCGGUUUAUGUACGAGUCAGACCCUUGAGUAAAAAGGAAAUUGAUACAAGGUUGCAAAGCAUAGUAACUUGUAAGGAUAAAAAAAUUCAACUUAAAGAGAAGCUGUAUUCAUUUGAUGGAGUAUUUAGUCCUGCAAGUAGCCAAUUAAGUUUGUACACAAAUGUUGUUGAACCUAUGAUUGAUGAUGUUAUUAAGGGUUAUAAUUGUACUGUUUUUGCCUAUGGUCAAACUGGAUCGGGGAAAACCUUCACAAUGAGUGGUGGUGAUUCACAGUGUGAUGAAAAUUGGAAAAAUGACGUUGAUGCUGGUUUCAUACCCAGAGCGGCUGGAAAUAUUAUUGAAAAAAUUAAUUUAAUUAGUUCUGAGUGUGCUGUAAGAGUUUCAUAUUUGGAGUUAUAUAAUGAAGAAAUUAGAGAUCUUUUGAGUGAUGAUGUGUCAAAUUUAAUGAUAUACAAUGAUCCACAGAACAAAGGUUCAGUAUGUAUAAUAGGCCUAAAAGAGUUAAAUGUUAUGAACAAAACAGAUAUUUACCAUUUACUAUCGGAAGGAAUGAGAAGGAAGAAAAUGGCAUGCACAAAUCUUAAUGCUAACAGUUCUAGAUCUCAUACUGUUUUCACCAUUACUGUGCAUAAUAGGGAGCCUAAUGAGAAUGGUGAAGAUAUCGUUAAAAUUGGGAAAUUAAAUUUGGUGGACUUGGCAGGUAGUGAGAGUAUGAGCAGAGCAGGCACAUUCAACAGGAUAGCAGAAGUGGCAGGAAUAAACAAAUCCCUGUUGACGCUGGGCAGAGUGAUAAAAGCAUUAGCUGAAAAGAAUCAGUAUGUUCCCUAUAGAGACUCAAAAUUGACGAGAAUAUUGCAAGACAGCCUUGGGGGUAAAACAAAGACAUGUAUUGUGGCCACUGUCUCACCUGCUUCAAGUAAUUACGAGGAUACCCUAAGCACUUUGGAGUAUGCAAAUAGGGCUCAAACCAUCACAAACUGUCCACAAGUUAAUAUGAAAACAACCAAGUACAAAGUUAUUGAUGUUCUUAAUAAAGAAGUAGAGAAAUUAAAAAGACACUUGUUGGCAAUUAAAAGAAAAAAAGGUGUAUUUAUGGAUGAGGAAGAGUAUAAAAGUAUUACAGAAAAUAUAAAGGAAAAUAAGGAACAAGUUGUUACAAAAAAACAGUGCAUUAACUAUCUCAAUGAAAAUAUAAAAGGCAUAGAACUGAUUAUGAAUGAAAAAAAUAAACAGUGGGACGAGUUGAAGGUUUGCUUUGAACAGCAAAGAGAGAUAUUAAGACAGAAAAAGCUUUCCCAGAGAGAGACCAGAAGACAACUUAAAACUGAGAAAUUUGUAAGUCAAGCCUUUAGUAACAAAGAAAAAGAAUUGACAAGCACCAAUGAAAUGCUGAACAAUCUAAUCGGAAAAUCAUUUGAAAAAGAAAGUAUUUUCAGUAGAAAAAUAUCAAACUAUAAGGACAUAUCCAGUAAACACCAAGAAAACGCCAAAAACACAAUAACAGCAAUAAAUUCCACUGUGGCUAAAUUGGACGAAAUUCUUGAAGAAACAUCAUUAAAUUUUGCAAAUGUUCAAACGGAAAAACCGAAGUUCUACAAUCAAAUGGCAGAGUUAGAAGAAUUUGAGAAGGAAUUUUGCCUGGAGGGUAAAAAUUACAUAACACAAGAAGAAUGUAAGUCCAAUGCUUUAACAUUGUCUGACGAUAUCAGUAUGAGUAUAAAUGAGUUAAAAUCGGACCUUUUUGAAGAAGUAAAUAAUUUAGGGAGUUGUUGGAAAGAAUUUCAGGAAGAAAUAUUGGAAAAGGAAGUUUUGCAAAAAAAGAGUAAGAGUGAUUUGGAAGAAGUUGUGCAAGAAAUGGUAAGUGAAUUAAGGCAAAGUCAACAAAACGAAACUCUACAAUUUUUGGAUGGCAAAUCACAUGAUUGUCAAUGUGUUUUGGAGGGACUUGAUGAACUGGAAGACAGAUUAACCAAAAAAAGAAACAAAGAAUUGGAAUUAUUGCAGCUUUACAUCCAAAAAAUACAAAAAGAAGAUUUUCUAUGGAAGGAGAGUAUAAAGAAAAUAAAAACAUACAAAAGUAAAUUAACUCACAUUUAUAAUGAAGAAUCAGCUUUGACUGGUAAUGCUCUUCGAAGUUUUGCUUAUAUACCUAAAGAAAUUAUUUUCCAUCCAAUGAAAUAUAUUGGUUGUGAAGGUAGUGAAGAAAUAAAAGUAAUCACCAACACAAAAAAACAACUGAAUACUUUUCAUGAAUCUUUUUUAAGUGACUUAGAACAAAUUUCUGAAGAUGCAAACAGAUUAGAGAACGAUGUUAAGGACCAUAGUCAUAAUACAUUAUUUAUUCAACAAAAAUGUGAUGAACUUUAUAAAGAAAGUAAAAUGUUAAGGGAAGAAUUCUGCAAAAAUGAAGAAAAAAUUGAUUUUGAAAUGGAAAACGUUUUAAAAGAAAAUAAAUAUGAUUUUGAAUUAAUUAAACAACAGAUGGAAACACACGUUAUACAGGGACUAAAUUCAAUAAAGUCUUUAGAUGAUAAUCAAAAACCUUCAAAGAGUAUAAAAAAUCAAUUGCACUUAAAAUAUGAUAUUUGAUGAUAAAUAAAUGUAUUAGGUAUAAUAUUAUUUUUAUAUGUAUGUUAAUAUAAAAUUGAAAAUU